CAUCUCCGUUAGUGACCUUCCCCACCUUCCUUUCCACUACCACUCGCUGCCGUUAUUCUCUCUCGCCGUUGACUAUAAAGAACUUCCCACUCGCCGUUCCAUGGCUGCGCUAUCGCUCUCUUUCUCACCUACCUUCCUCCUCCGCAGCAGUAGCACGAUCUCGUCGUCGGUGCGCUCACUCUGCGGACUGCCGCUCUCUAAGCUUUCAUUUCUCUCGGCCGAUCGCUCGCUCGCCGGAUUAGGUCUCGGAAAAGCGGAGACUUCGAGGAGAUUUCAGCUCAGGCGGACCAAGGCGUUCUCAACUGCCGGGAUGGCUGCUGCUGCUGCUGAGAAGAAGGUCGAGGUUUUCGACACGGAGGAGGAUCUCGCGGUUUCUCUUGCCAAGUACACCGCCGAUCUCUCUGAUAAGUUCGGUAAAGAGAGGGGCUCGUUCACGGUCGUCGUUUCCGGCGGGUCUCUCAUCAAGUCUCUCAGGAAAUUGCUGGAGCCGCCGUAUAUUGAUUCGAUAGAGUGGUCGAAGUGGCAUGUGUUUUGGGUAGACGAGCGAGUUGUUCCCAAGGAUCAUGACGACAGUAACUACAAGCUUGCAUUCGAUCUCUUUCUCUCUCAGGUGCCGAUUCUACCAGGCAAUGUUUACUCGAUCAACGAUGCACUGUCCGCUGAGGGUGCAGCAGAUGACUACGAGACCUGCCUCAAACAUCUGGUGAACUCGGGGGUGAUAGCCAAGUCGGAAGCUAGUGGGUUUCCAAAGUUUGAUCUCCAGCUUCUGGGUAUGGGUCCGGAUGGGCACGUAGCAUCUCUAUUCCCCGGUCAUCCGCUUUGCAAGGAGAGCAAGAAAUGGGUUACUCACAUCUUGGAUUCGCCCAAGCCACCUCCAGAGAGGAUCACUUUCACAUUCCCCGUGAUAAACUCGUCUGCCAACAUUGCGCUAGUAGUGUGUGGAGGUGGCAAAGCUGAUGUGGUGCAGAGAGCAUUAGGCAACAGCGGGAAGAACGAGGAGCCACUGCCCUGUCAGCUAGUUUCGCCCGAAGGAGAGUUGAAAUGGUUUCUGGACAAAGCUGCUGCCUCGAAGCUUUAGAUGGACCGAAGAAUGUUACUGCCUAGGGGUUUUCCUUUUCUGCAAGGCAAAUAAAAAUGGAGUUGGAUGGUUGUGAAAUGUAGGGGUUUGUUUAAGGAAGAACUGUUUGCAGAGUAAGUGCUGGUACUACUUCUAGGCUUUAACUGCAGAUCUUUUGUACACUUCUUCCCUGUAGAUUUCUCUGUAAGAUCGUCAUGUGAUCUUUCAAGACCUUGGACAUUGCAGAUUACCUUGGUGUCGACGAGGAUGCUGAAUGUAACAUAUUCGUCUGCACCAAAACCAUCUUGUUAGCAUCCAACUCAGACUUGUUGCCAUUACUAAAUCCCCUUCCUCUCUCCAUCACAUCUUCAAUCUGUUUCAUCGGAGUCCCUCUUCCCCCCUGUCACUCCUCUACCUCGUUUCAUCAUCGUCGAAAAGUGGAAUUGAUGAACUGCUUCUUUCUGGGUUUUGAAGACAGACUGAAGCAAAUGAAGAGCAUGAAUGCAGCUAACUAGUUGGAUCUAAAAAAAGGCCGAAAAUCUUAACACGAGAGACUGAUAUGUGCUUAACGACCUUACAGCAGCAGCACCAUGGCAGGCCUCUCCAUCCCUCGCUUUCUUUCUUCCACGUUGUAAGCCUUAAGCAAGCAACAAACCCAGUCACAGAACGACAUGGGGGGACCGGCUCUCUGCACGAGAAACACCAACAAGAUAAUCAAAGUUUGCUGCCCCAUCCAGAUUCCCGAGCUCUGCAUUUUCACAUUUUGCCUUAACCGGCAUUGCACCACGUUCCCUUUUUUUCUUUUCUGGUCCCUUUCCCAACUUCCCAGCAACUACUUGCAUCCUGGAUCCACUUGGAGCUCUGCCUGCGCGCGCUCACGAGGAGGAGCCUCGACAUGCGGCCGGCCCAUGGUGGCAGGCGAGACUUUGUUUACUUGGAUAUUAUGCUUGGCCGCCGGAUCUCGCCAUUAAUCGAAAGGAGACUAGCACAAAGCAACUGGCUAGCUGGCUCUAAUUCGGAGAGCUCAAUCAUUACCAAGAAUACAAAGUAUAUGUAUAUACGUAUAAAAUAUUUACAGGCAUUGUGAACAAGAAGGGGCAAGCUAAGCAAGACAUGAUCCACGAAAAAGUGAUUUAAUAUUGCAGGAUGUUGGGCGAGCAGAUCGGAGACCGGAGGGGAACGGGAGACAACGUAUGGGGUCGAGUUUUAAUUAUUGUGCCUUGAUCAACAUGGGAUAUGAUAGAGGAUGAUUGAGUUUUUUUUGAAUGAGCAACCUCUCCAAUCACGAUAUGACUCUGUAAAUCUCAAGAUGUAUAAAUAAUUCUGGUCCCAACAAUAAAGAUGGUUUAUCGCGGUAAGUAUUACCUUGGGAAUUUUGCCCCCCGCAAUUCAUUGACAUGAGUUUCUUAGUUUAACAAUUUAUGUUCUUGUCAUGUUGAGCGAUGUCGGGGCAACGCAUCAUGUUUUUUCGGGUGUCGGAGAAGUGAAAAGUUUUAUGUUGAUCGAACUUUUGUACUUAUGAAGUAUAUCAAUCACAAGUCUAUUAUUGUUCACAAGUGUCCGGAACCUGGGUCUGGGCCAGGUAAGGACAGCGUUCGUUUGAUACGACUGAAUCUAUUUAUUGGUACGUAACAGUUUAUCAAAAUCCUUUUUUAAUAUUAUGCAAAUUAUACACGAAUAUCGAUUGAAAUCGUUCUAAACAAUACAUUAUACACAUCAGCGAUUUGGGUUCUUAAUUUCAAAGAGUAAUACUUGAAAAGGUGAAAAGUGAUACCUGGGAUUAUUUCUCGGUUCAUUGAACUCACAUAGUUAUCAUAAGACCCCAACAAUUAUUGAACCGAAAAUAGACAAGAGAGUUGGUAAAAACUUUCACAAGAGAGCCAAUGUGACUCACACUCACAACCACUAAGCUCUCUAUUACCAAACAUACUACUAGGCUACCAUUAGAUUGGUGAAUUGGAGUUUUGUAACUUGCAUAAUGCAAGAGAAUAAAGUGCAUUCAAUCCA